UACAUAUAUACUGGUAUGAAAAAUAUAUCAUUUAAGGCAUCCAGCCGAGUUCGUCGGAAAUUUAAGACGCCAGGCCAGCUUAUACGUAAUUCUAGUAAAGAGAUUUUUCUCUCUCUUCCCCUCUCUAUCUAUCCAAAGAAACAAGAGGUAUCCGGCGGAGGAGAUCUUAUGCAGUAUGGAAGUGUAAUGGGAGAUCCCGCUUACAGAAUGAAUUUGGCUAAAUUUCUCUCAGAAGAGUAUGAGGACAAUGUCGAUUGGAAUACACUGAUGUCAACCUCUGGUGCAACGGCUGGCCUCUCUUUACUGGCAAGCACAUUUUUCAAUCCAGGGAACUAUAUAUUCAUAGAGGAUCCAACAUUCUUCCAGGUUAAUAGAAUAUUUCGCACUGACCUUGGACUCAAAGUUGUACCUAUCCCAUUGGAUGAAUAUGGAAUCGAUUUGAAAAUUCUAGAGCAAGAAAUUGAACUAAAGAAACCAAAUAAUUUUCAACCAACUGCCGAAUAUCCGUUCUGGGCUUUAAUGUACGUUAUUCCCAUCUAUCAAAAUCCCACUGGACUGUGCUACUCAAAAG